AACGCAGUCAGUAUUUUCUGAUGAAAUUUUCUGAAAAAGAGUGGGCUUUAUUGUUGCUUUGAAAACUCUUCUCUUCGGAAUAAUGGGUACUCAGUCCUUGGAGAGACUGGUAUUAGAAGGUGUAGAAGAGAGAGGGAGUAUCGAGACUUUCGAAUUUGCUAAAGAACUCGGGAAAGAUCAUCAAUCUAUUGUUGGAAGUGUGAAGAGCAUCCAUGCUCUCGGGGAUGUAAGUGUGUUCCUUGUGCUAUGGGGAUAUUUUAUCGGUAAUUUAAUGAGAAAGAUAUCAGUAAAUGGUGUUUUUUCGGGUGAUUUUAAAGGUGAUAAAUGUUGAGCAACGACAAGCCGAAGGCUGGGUACUGACGGACGAAGGAAGUGAAGUGGUAGAGAAAGGUAGCCAUGAGUUUCUGGUGUUUAAAGCUGUUCCACCAGAGGGAUUACCUCAAGCGGAAGUAAAGGUAUUCUAUGAAAUAGAUUUUUGUGUGGCAGUUAUUUGAUCUCUUUUUAUUUUGUGUGCACCGAAUGAAGGAAACUCUCUUUACUUCCUUUGUUUUGAUGAAACUCCACAUGGAUUCUAAAGAGCAGGAUGGAUGGGAGGCUCCAAAUUCCUUUUGACAGGGUGGGGGUGGUCUCCAUGAUUAAAUAUACCAAAACUGAAGUUAGCUGUGGUAGAAGGCUGCCUCUAUUUACACGUGUCAUUUCUGAAUAUGCCUGUAAGGUACUUACAGGAAGUUAGGCAUAUGAGGGCAGAUAAAUGUCCUAAAUACUAUCAUUUCAUCAUUAUGCAAGGCUGAAUCCUCAUCCCAAGAAACUCGCAAUAUCACUUCGAUAAUGUCAUUGUUGUUUAUCAUUUUGUGUUGACAGAAACUGGGUCCACAUGCUAAUGUUGGUUUUAGUAAAGCUAUGUCAGCUGGAUGGCUUCUGUUAAACAAGAAUGCAGAGGGAGGACCUAGGGUAAUGAGGAAGGUGAGAAUGAAAUGCUUGAAACACUUUAGACUUAUCCUGUUCUUCACUUUCAUAAAGUACACCUUGAAUCAGCACUGUACAAGGAUCAUUCCAUCUGUAUUUCAUCUGAAUUUCAUCUGUAUAUAGAUGUUAAAUCUAAACAUAGUAGAGGUUAUGCUUGUGUCCUCAAACUGUGAGCAGAAAGGAUAAGUAAAAUAGCCUUUGCAGAUACAGGAAAACUAAUUUUAAUUAUUUUUGGGCUUUAUUUCUCCAUUUAAUCUUUCAAAAUAUGUUAUUGAAGGCUGAGGAUGUAAAAGAUGAUGUCCAACUUGCACUCAUAAAAAUCAGAGAUCAGCAGCUUUCAGACAUCCCUGAUGCAAAGAUGAAGGAAUUCAAGAAAAGGAAGCUCAUUAAAACACAGUAAGUGCAAAUAGUGAAAGAUUCUACCCAGCUUAGGUAAAGGACAGUACCUUCUCAGGGCUGUUGACUUUCCAAGUACUUUGCCCUGUAGAUUACCUAUGAGUCAUGUACAGUUUGUUUGCAUUUGGUUAGGAUCAAUGAAACACAAAAGACACUUAUACCAGGUGAAAGUACACUUCACCGAGAGUGUCAGCUUUAAUUCAUACAUAAACACAGGGGUAUUCAAUUGAAUAAGUUUCCAAUUACAUUUUAAGUAAUUUUCAUUGUUUUUUCAGGGUCAUCAAGAGCUUUUAUGUGACCAAAGGCACUGAAUUUACCAUAUCACCAACAAAACUAGAAGCUGAUUUAACAGCAGACAUGCUUGCAAGGUUGAUUUCUUGAAUAUUAUAUAAAGUAUCAUUGUUUUACUAUUGAUGUAGACAAGAAAAAUUUUACUAAAGAUUGAAAUAAAAUUCAAUUAAAUUUAUUCUCUAUUAUGACUUCAGAUAACAAGUUAUUUAUCAAUAGGUCACAGCAAUGCAUUUUUAUUUUUUAUCAGGUGAAUUGUGAAUAUUUUAUCCAUGUUUACAUUUAGUGGUUCUUGGAAAGAGAAGCAAUUCAAGCCAUACAAUUUUGAUGCACAAGGAAUCAUACCAACAUCAGGACAUCUUCAUCCUCUGAUGAAAGUUAGAGCACAGUUCAGACAAAUCUUCUUAGAAAUGGGGUCAGUAGAGAAGUUUCAAAACUGAUUCCUUUAUGGUGUUAUUCCCUUUAUACUCUGAGGUCAGUUCAGUUGUAGUGAAGAAGAUGAAGACUACAAAUUACUGAGGAGUGGUUGAUCUUUUUUAAGGUUUACUGAGAUGCCUACAAACAACUUUGUAGAGAGCUCCUUCUGGAAUUUUGAUUCAUUGUUCCAGCCUCAACAACAUCCAGCCCGUGAUGCGCAUGACACCUUUUUCAUGGCAGGUUAGUGACUACUGAAUGUUGCAUUGGUUAAUAAAUUGUCAAUUCAGUUCUUCUAAUAUUUUCUUCUGCUUUUAGAACCAAAGUAUGCUAAGCUCAAGGAAAUGCCUGAGUCCUAUAUUGAAAAAGUGAAAAUCAUGCAUGAAUCUGGAGGACAUGGAUCACAGGGGUAAGAACUAAUUUUGCAACUUCUUUUUUACACAAUUCAAUUUAUACUUUGCAAUUUAACAAACAUUCCCUUGGCUUUGAAGUCAACCAGAGAUAGAUGCGCUACUCAGAAAUGCAGUAGUAAGGAUACUGGAAAGCUACAGCUGUGAUUAGAAGAAUGACAACUGUAUUUACUUGAAUGGCUUUCAGUUUCUGGGGGUGAUUAACACUAGAUAAAUGUGAUUGAUUUUUCAGAUAUAAAUAUGAAUGGAAACUUGAAGAAGCCAAAAAGAACAUUCUCAGAACUCAUACAACUGCUGUUAGUGCAAGGAUGCUGUACAAACUGGCUCAAAAGGUUCUCAGCAAUAGUUUUAGCUAAUUUAAAAAUUGUUUUAUUGUAUUUAGCCUAGUUGAUGGAGCACAAAGAUCUUUGAUUUUACUUGUUUGAAUAUUAUUAACUCUAACUUGUUUUUUCACUUUUCAAUGUUGAUGAAUUAAAUGUAGAAGUCAACUGAACUAUGUUUUACUUGCAGGAAAAAUUCACACCAGCCAAGUAUUUUUCAAUAGAUCGAGUGUUCCGGAAUGAGACCCUAGAUGCUACUCAUUUAGCAGAGUUUCAUCAGAUUGAAGGUGUCGUUGCAGAUUAUAACUUGACUCUUGGGGAUUUGAUUGGAGUGCUCUAUGAGUUUUUCAAGAAGCUAGGUUAGUUUUAAGUAUAACUUUUGGUAUUUUUGUCACAUUGGUAAAAGGGGAUUUACUGUAUGAAGCAGAAGAACUACAGUCCAUAUAUCAAUUAUUUUUUUCCAAUUCCACAGGAAUUACAAAGUUAAGAUUCAAGCCAGCAUACAAUCCUUACACAGAACCAAGCAUGGAAGUUUUCAGUUAUCAUGAAGGUACUCAUUAAAUAAAAUUUCUGCUUCAUCAGAUUUCAUUUAUAGACAACUAGAGCUAAAUCAGCUGACUAGAACCAAUCUUCUGGAGCACUCUAGGUAGUUGACUUCAUUUGUUUACAGUCACUCAUUUUUCUUGCCUGAAAAACACUUUCCAUAGUCAGUAUUGUUUGUGUGGUUAUGAAGGUUUACAUGAUUUAUUUACUGUAUGUUACAAUCAAAGAUUUUAAAAUUUUCAGGCCUCAAGAAGUGGGUUGAAGUUGGCAAUUCAGGGGUUUUCAGACCUGAAAUGUUACUCCCAAUGGGCUUACCAAAAGAUGUGUCUGUUAUUGCUUGGGGACUUUCCUUGGAAAGGUAAGUGUUCACUGUUAUUAUUAAACUUAUUGUCAUGUUGUUUCCCAUCUGUUUUGCGUUUAAGUGUUAAUUACCUUUCACCCCUUUGACUGUUUGUACAUCUCCUUAGUUGUAUUGAGUACUUGUGGUGGAUGUUUAUAUCAUCAUGUAGUGUUACAUAAUUUAUAUCAAUUUGUUAGGUUUUUUUGUAUAAAUUUUGAGUGAAAAGGUUUAUCCAAUGUUGGCUGAUUGCUCUUUAUUUUUGAUUUACAUUCACUGCAGGCCAACCAUGAUCAAAUACAAGAUUUCAAACAUUCGGGAUUUAAUAGGACACAAAGUGGACCUUGAAUUGGUUCACAAGAAUCCCAUUUGUCUUCUGGAAAAAUCUAAUUGAACAAAAUAAUGUAUUCCACUUUAAUCUUUGUUAGAGUGAUGUUGAAUAUUUUUACAGAAUUCUUGUCUUCACAAUGUUACCAACAAGUUGUCAAGUUUCAAUGUAUGUACUUGAAAAACAAAAAGUAACCUUUUUUUUAAAGAGGCAGUAGUAUUUUAAACUGGUCUGUGCAACUAGUAAGUGUAACACCUGUUCUUUUCUUAGCUGUCAUUCAGUUGGAAUGGGUUUGUGCAUUGCAUUUGCUUUAUAAUAAAAUUUAAGCUAAAGGAUUAACAUUAAUUUGAAACUUCAGCUUUAGGGCCUCUCUACAGCAGCCAAUUUACAUUAUCAACUCAGUUGACUAAAUCAGAGUAAAUGAACGGAAUGUUAAGAAACUCACAUGCAAAUUUGAAACAACCAGUAACCCAGAAAAUCAUCAGACUGAUGCUUGUUUCUUUCUUUAAUUGUUUAGUGGUUAAUGAAACUUUUGGGCCAGUCUUUGUCACCCCCUUGUACUCCUCUCCCCACCAUUCCCUCCUCUAUCUUUACUCCACUGUUACAAAAGUGUGGAGACUGGGGCUUGUGGCUGGGUGAUAAAGACUCCCAUAAGUCCAUCCAAGGAGAGCUGUAAAAGUAAUUUGGGGUUUUAUAACUCACUGGGACUCCAUAUUUACAACAGAGAAAAGUUAUUGUGCCAUUGUUUUCUAAGCAGAACUUUAGUCUUUUGUCUCUCGCUCAAAGCGGUUGGGUCUUUUUUUAAAGGCAAUUUUUGACAUCACAAAAAGACAACAAUGCAGUAGAUACAGUAUAAACAUCUUGAAGAUGCUACACU